AUGAAUAACAAACAAUUACCUUUACAUGAAACUGGAGUUCAUGGAAUCACUGUUGACUAUAUUAGCAUUGAUCCACGUUGCUGCAAUAUGAAAGAUAAGAAAGAACUUCAUAAAAACAAGAUGAAAAAGAAAAAUGACUUACUGAAAAACGCGAAUACAACAUGCUCAUCGUCCAAUAUCUUACACCAUGCUUCGCGAACGUCUAGUGAAAUUAUCCAAAGUUUAGCAUGGUGGUAUCAGUAUUUUUUACCAAGUGAACUUAAUUUUUUGUUUUACCUUUAUCGACGCUGGUCUAUCUAUGAUCCUGUUCGUAAUCUUAAUAUCGCUAAUGCAUUUCGAGACAAUUUCGGAACAACACAUACAAAUGGAAUCAUCCAAAGUUUAUUGGCAUAUUUUCGAUCACAUCCUGAAGUUCAACUUUUUCAAAGAACAAUCAUUGAUGAUGAUAUUGGCUUGCGCGAUAAUAUCAUACAUUUAAUACCGUUCACGGAUAUUUGUACUCUUUGCGAAAAAAAACUUUCAGUGAAUAGCAGUCGAAGCCGUCAAAUAAAAGUUAUAUGUGAUCGAGGAAAAAUAUUAAAUGGAACUGUAUUUUGGCUUGAAUGUCGACAUUUAGAUGAGCACAAGAAAUCGCCAAGCUAUUUUUACUAUCCAAACUUUGUACGAAUAGGAGAUGAACAUAUUUAUUCGUUGAGUUCAUUGUAUAAUGGAAAAUUUAUAUAUUUUGCUGGUGACUAUGGAUUCGCCAGAUCUGUUUUAUCAACAUAUUCAUGCAAUAUAGUGACCAAUGCAUGCUCGUGGUGGAAAACUGCUGAUAGUUAUAAUUUACAAGCAUUUAAUGAAGGUUUAGAACAAACUAUAUCAUUAUGUUGGAAACGACUUGCACAAUGUCUACUGAUGUACAAUAUUUUGCAAUUUCAUUUAACGAUGGGAUGUCACAAGGUUGCAAUCCCAAUGUUGUUACGAGAUUUUGAUGAUUGGACAUGGACAAAUUAUCCAAAAAUGCUCUCAUGGUUUAUAUACUUGUGGUCUUCUCAUAAGAAUAUUAUAGGUGCUUGUAAUAGUACAUGUUCAGCUGCCGUUAUUAUUGACGGACAUCAGAAGUGUCGUCGUCGAGUUUGCAAAUACAAAGAUGUUCGAGUUGAAACGGAUGAAUUCGAGAAACUUGUUAUAGGAUGUUGUCGAAGUCCGAUACCUCAAUCUCAUUACUGUUUGUUGCAUCAUGAUCAACAACAAACAGAAGAAAUAUCAUCGACAGUUUCAAAGUCAUACAAAAUGAUUUUGAGACGAAGAAAGUUGAUGAAUCAUGGCAAUAGAAGAAAAAGAUGGAAAGAAAACUUUGGAGCUACUGGUUGUCGGACCAAUAAAGAAAAAUCUGAUGCGUACAUACGUCGUUGUUCGCGUUCAUUUGGAUUGAUCGCAUGUGUUACAAACUGUCGAGUAUUUAUUUCUUUUGGUGAAAUUUUUCGAAGUGAAACUCUUCGUGAAAUCCUUCAUUUGCUUUUUUCAACAAUUCGUGUUGCUGGCAAAUUACCACCUGCGGGUUGUUAUGAUGAUGGCUGCCACCUGGUGAAAUAUUUACAUAAUCAUAUUGGAAAAGAUUUAAAAGCUACUGAUGCAGCAAGAAUUUUAUUUGAUGUUAAAUUUAGCGUAGAUAGGACCCAUUUCAAAAAUCAUGUUGGUAAAUGGUGCUUGACUAAUAUGAAUCCCGCUGAUAAUCGACGUGUUCGAUAUGCAGUCACUCAAUGGGAAGGGCAUCAGGACGAAAUUGUCGUUCAAUUCAAACGUAUGCGUCUAAGCGACGAUCCUGAAAAUGAUGAAAGACUUCUAGAAGCUCAAAUAAUAAUCGAGCAACUAAUUAAUAAAGUGUGCGUGGAAGAAAACACAUACGACAUCGAUGACUAUGAACUAGCCGCUCUCAGCGAAAUAUUCGAAAGAGAAUAUUACGGAUACCUAACUGAUACAGAGCUAGUCUUAGCAAUGAAUAAACUUACUGUUGAUAUCAACAACUACGAAAACAAUCAACAAUCAAACAACAUAGAUGCAUUUCCAACAAACCGAUCACCGACGAACCUUUCCAAUGACAAUCUUCAACAUGACGACGAUGACGCUGAUGUUUAUUUCUGA